GCGGGUUGGGUGGUUUUGCUUUUCAUGGUGUGAAAAUUCAAAUGUUUGUGCCAAAAGCUAAGGAUCGCUUAGCAUUAAAAUGCUUUUAAAGAAUUACAACCAACAAUUAGAAUCGUUUAGCUAGGUACUGUAGAAUUACAAUCGUAACAGUGACAACAAUGAAUUUUGUGGAAACUUUAAAAUCCUGCUGGCUGACGACGUUGAUUGGAUCAAUUCUGCUGACAACCGGCACAAGCGUUCUUUUCUGGAAUGAGUCACGGUCCAUAAGCACUACACUGUCGCUGGACGAGGCCCUAAACGAUGCCGUCACGGUUAGCGCAGAACGCCCAUACGACAAAACUUACGAGGAACGUUUGAUUCAUUUGAGUGGUCCUUUGGUUACGGGUGAACCUCUGACGGAACCUGACUAUAAUAUCCAGGUUCAGGCAGUGAAGCUCAAGAGACGUGUUCAAAUGUAUCAAUGGAUCGAGGAAUAUGUCGAAAACCGAUACGGUGAGACAGUCUCAAGCGUUCAGGUGGGGGAUCGAACCUAUUACUAUACGAAAGACUGGCGUGAUGAGCUGGUGGAUUCGCGGAGUUUCUACAUCCGGAAUGGCCACCAUAACCCAACCACUCUACCUCUGGACACGAAAGUGUACGUUUCGGAAAGGGUCCAUAUUGGUCAGUACGAACUGGGUGAAGCUCUAAAAGAACGAUUCAAGAAUUUUAUCGAAGUCACUUCUGAUACAAGACCGGAAGACCCUGCUGUGAAGUUACAUGCGGGUCUCUACUAUCAUUGCAACGAUAUUUGGAACCCGGAAAUUGGUGACAUUCGCAUACAAUUUUCUUACUCAGGGUUGGAAGGAUCUUUGCACACAGUCGUAGGAAAGCUAGAAAACGGAAAAAUCGUUCCUUACGAAUCGACCCAUGCCAAAAAAGUAUUGCUCAUCUAUCCGGGUGAGCUUUCGCUGCAGGAAACCUUCAAGCUGGAACACCACGCCAAACGAAUAAUGACUUGGGGCUGGCGUGCAAUGGGUUGGAUAAUGUUGUUCCUAUCGGCGACCUGUUCGGCAUCCAUCAUGAAGUACAUCACCAGCCAGAGUCGAGUGUUGCGUCAGUUUGUGCCGGACCCUAGCUUUCCGGUGUCCACCAAUCUGACGGUGUCCUUUUCGCUGGCUCUCGUCAUUACAUCGGUCGCAUGGAUUAUUCAUCGACCCAUGCUCGGCAGUGGGAUAUUCUUUGCAGCGGUUUCGCCAUUUUUGUACUGCGCCCGAGGCCUCUUUAACAACUAUCAACGAAUGGAUUAAGCAAUAAUUGCAUACAUAACUCUAGGCACAAUCUUAACACACUCAUGUGAAUUGAUUUCGAUUUACGAAGCAUACAACUACUCAAAAUGAUAUCAUUACUAUUUGUUUGGAGUUGAAUUUGUGAUUUAGUUUUCUAGGAUUGUAUACUGUAGUGUGAAAAUAAACUUAAUUUAUUGCCAACUCUUU